AUGCACACGGCCAAGGUAGCGGCCGGUUCAGUGAAUCUCUCCAAGUCGGCGUCGUUAUCGACAGCGGUCGCCAAUCACACCCCAUUCUUCGCCUGUGUUCUCAAUCUAAGCUCAAUUCUCCAGGUCGCCUUGGUUGCAGUGGAAUAUCUGCCGUUGUCAGAAGUCAACCAACCUUACCUCUCACUGAAUAUCGGCGUGCUUCUGUCUAUGGGUGACACCUGGCCCAUUGCUGGCAGCUCCAUGCAACUCAUCCGGGAGAUCCAGGCAGGGUACGAUACUUACUACACCGGCAAGCUGAUGAACGCCCACUCGGUCGACAACUACGACAGUCUGCAUGUCUCCGGCUUCAAUGGAUCGGAUUUCGUCCUGGAUCCAUAUACCUACGACUACAUGAAUGCCACGUAUCAGCGCAACCAUGAUCCGCCUGUCAGUUACCUCGGUAGACACACGACCGAAGUUCUCCGGGAGAAAGCCAUGGGGUUCUUGGAAGACGCUUUAGACGGCGAGCGGCCAUUCUUCCUGGCUGUCGCACCCAUCGUCCCGCAUUCCAACAUGAACGGGACGUAUGGAGGAGGUGCCGGGCCCAUGUGGAUGGAUGAGCCUAUCCCGGAGGACCGGCACAAACAUCUGUUCCCGGACGCCAAGAAGCCAACCGGCGUAAGCUGGAUCCAUGAUCUCCCCUAUCGAAACCAGACUGUCGUCGACUACAACGAUCACUACUACCGGCAGCGGCUGCGCGCACUCCAGGGAGUUGACGAGCUGGUAGAUCAGCUCAUCACCCGGUUAGAGCAAAGCGACAAGCUCGAGAACACGUACAUCAUCUACACCUCCAACAACGGCUUCCACACCUGCAGUUUUGAUGAGGAUAUCCGCGUGCCGUUCUUCAUUCGUAGCCCUGGUAUCCCCGAGGGCGCGCAGCAGGAUAUCGUCACGACGCAUAUCGAUGUUGCACCCACGUUGUUCAGGCUAGCUGGGUUGCCUCUCCGCGAUGAUUUCGAUGGGACAGCAAUGCGGAUUGCUGAUGCAACAGGGACGCUCCAUGAGCAUGUAGCGGUUGAGUACUGGGGACAGGCUAUGUUGGAGGGAAUCCCGACGGUUCCAAAUAACACCUACAAGGCGGUGCGAAUCCUUAGUAAUGAGUACAGCCUCUACUACUCGGUCUGGUGCAACAACGAGCAUGAGCUCUACGAUCCCACCACUGACCCGUAUCAAAUCAACAAUCUCCACCCCAGCGCACGGAAGGGCCAGGCAGAUAAGCAUCGCAUCAUGGGCUUUGACAUUACCCAAGUGAUCUCCAGACUUGACGCCCUUCUCCUCGUCCUCAAGUCGUCCAUGGGACGUGUGCUUCAUCCGGAUGGGUCCGUUCACAAUCUACUGGAUGCUUUGGAUCACAAGUAUGAUGCUUUCUACCGUGACCAGUUCAAAGUCUCCUUUGAUCGAUGUGAAUAUGGUUAUGUUAUUGACGCUGAGGGGCCGCAGACUGCGCUGGCGUACAGGAAUGGGUAUGCCUUGGAGGCGUGGGUUUAG